GUUUCAGCGGACCGGGGCGAUUCAAACCAGGCAAACCGGCUUUGUUCACAGCUAGUUCAUAAACUCUUGGACUUUGGAUGCUCGAAUAAAUCUUUCAAAAUCUUUAAUCUCACCACUGUGGACAAGAAAACAUGUCUGGGAAAAUCAAAAACCGAAAUGCCGCAAACGCAGACUCGAUAUCUGGUGGUGUGUCCUGCGACGAGCGCAUCUUGCGGGACUGUCAUCAGCUGUACACGGAUCCCGACAGCGGGUUGAUCACAGUGGCUGAAUCUGUGGGCGUGAAGCUGCUGCCACCCAGGAAAAAAAUCACUGUGAUGCUGAUGGGCAACCACUCUGCUGGGAAAAGCUCCUUCAUCAACUGGUACGUGGAAGAGCACAUCCAGCGCACAGGAGUGGCCAUCGAGACUCAAGGCUUCAGCUUCAUUACAAGUGGACGCAAGAGAGAAUCUCUCACGGGAAAUGCCACUCUUCAUCUAUAUCCACAUUUCAAACCUCUGCAAGAGUUUAAAGGUGUGUCGGAGUACUUGAGCACAGAGAUCUGCACAUCGCGACAGAAACGCUUCAGCCUGGUGACAUUUGUCGAUUCUCCUGGCUUGGUGGACGGUGACAUGAAGUAUCCGUUUGACGUGGACGAGGUUAUCCUUUGGCUGGGUGAACUCUGCGACCUAAUUCUGGUUUUCUUCGACCCCAUGGGCCAGGCUCUGUGCAAGCGCACCCUCAACAUUGUGGAGAGCCUGAAUGAAAAACAUGGAGACCGGCUGCGAUUUUACCUGAGCAAGGCCGACGAGGCCGGAGGAGAAUCGGACAGACAGAGAGUAAUGAUGCAGAUUGUCCAGGAGCUCUGCAAACGACCGGGACUCAACAAGUGUGGUUUUGACAUGCCCACUAUCUACAUUCCUAAUCCAAACAAGCCAAGUCGCUGUGUCAACCAGGUUGAAGAGGUUUGUCGUACCAUCGAGAGAACUAUUAACCAAACCGUCCAGAAUACGCUGAACUCUUUGGAGAAGGACUGUGAGCUUAUCAGCGAGGCCAUUACCGACACUAUCCAUAAUGACAGGCAGACCACUAUGGAGAACCGACGCGCACGAUGCAAGAGCUGCUUCCUGACUCUGCUGGGGUUCAGCAUCCCAAUGGCUCUGAUGGCCAUACUGGUGCUGGGCGCUCUGUCCAAGGACCUGCUGGAGAUGACUCUGGGCAGCGAGGGAACAGAGGCUCUCUCACUCUACCUGACUCCCAUGGUGAAAGUAUUUGACUCCCUCUCUGUGGAGCAGCAGCUUUACAGCUGUGGUGGACUCAUCCUUCUGUCCUUCCUUCUGCUCCUCGUCGCUCGCUUCUCCUUCAGAACUCGACCAACGCUGUCUGGCAAACAGAAAAGGCAGCUGCAGGAGAAGCUGGAGUAUGUUCAGGAGGUGGUCAAGACCAAAAAGAAAAAGCUCUAUGAAGACUAUCUGCGGCAGAGUGUCAGCGAUCACGACAUGGACUUGUGAAGCAACGUGUUCAUAAAAGCAUCCCUCCAGCGAUGCAGGACCAGAUGAUAGGUUUCACACCAGCUGCCGUGUCACUCGGACCACUCAACAGUAUAAAUUUGUUACAAGCACAUGGCAUAUUCAUAGAAACCCAUGAGAGUUGUGGUGCUUUGAUGAAGCUGGUUUACUACUAGAUGAUGUUACCUCUGUAUGAACUGUUAAACCACACUACCUGCUUUUGUUACUGAUCACUUACUUGCCGUAAGCAUUUAUAUACAUGUCUUCUGUGCCUCUGCUCCACUCCGAUGAAUUCAGGCUUUUACCACUUUAUAUUUAAAAAACUUUCCAGACUAUUUAUGAUAUUCAGAGAAAUUGUAUUUUUGGUUUAACAGCAUAUAGCACUGGUUUGCGUGAGUCACUUUAGAUGAGCUACUGUUUCUGAGGACCUUCACCAGCAUUUUAUACAGUACUUGUACAAAUCCAGUUCACAUCUCGAAUGUCUGUGGGUUAGCUAAUACAUAGAAUAUCCAAUUAUGUGCACAACUCCUGCUCUUGAGGAUUGUGAGCCUGCAUUAAAAGUGAUAUCAAUGACCAAUUUUUGUAUUUUCUUUCUACGUUGUGACCAUGUUUCAAUUACAGCUGAUUAAAUAAAAGACGGUGUUCAAUAUA